AUGUCAGAUAUACCCGGGGAUGGAAAUAAAGUAAUGGCUAGUGAUAAAAAUAUGGCUGAAAAUCAACCGAAGUCGGUGGAUGAAAACGAGGAGGAAGAAAUACAUAGUAAAUUAGACGCUAAGCAGGCCGAUGAAGAACCCAAUAAACAGCAAACAGAAGAAUACAAUGAUAACGAAGAUGGAAGAGAACCAGCACACGAGAAUGAGGACGAAAAUUUUAAAGCAGAAAAUGACGAUUCAGAUCCGGAAAUUGAACAGGGACAUGUAGACAAUGAUGCACAAGAUCCAGCGUCCAAUAAGGAUUAUGCCAAAUUAUUCGAAAAGUAUCAAGAACGAUUUUACAAGGUAUAUUCAGUAUCACAGAAAUUGUUUCAGAGCGAGGUAUCUCAAAGACAAGCUUUAAGCUUUUAUCAAAGAAGAAAUAAUGCAUUGAUUGAUUUACUUGACAAAUUCGAAUCGAAAGAACCGGUAUCGCCAACCACUGACCAAGUUUUGGCUGAUAGCGACAAAUCCAGGAUAGAGAACUUAAUAACAAUGAACCCUAGAUUAAAGGAGGUAUUGGCCCCCUUGUUAGCGAUCGACGACUCCCAACAGCAAUUUAAAGAAACGCAUAAGAUAAAUCUCUUGAUUAACGAAGCAAUGCCUGAUUUGAUUAACGACGAUAUGGGCAAUUUCGAACUCAAUCCCCAAGAUAUUGAGCCUUGGGUGAGAAGACACUAUCCAAACUUAGUGAUAUCCAAAUACAAACCGCUCACUAUAAGUGGUAAUAAAUUUAAAGAGACCGUUGAUACAGGGUCAACCACGACGACUAAAAGGAAACGAAAGCUGUCAAAAGACGAUGAAAACGAAGAAGAUCCACAAUCUAAGAAACCUAAAAAAUAA